CCGUAGCUCCGCCUCCUCAUUCGUCUAAUCUUGGACUGCAGGAAAGCGGUUUGAGAGAACCCCCGGGUCUACUCGGAAAGUAAAGGAUGAGAGCAUGCGCUGAACCACAGUUCUCUACACUCUCCCAAGAUCCACAGAAAAUGAACACACCUCAGGCAACAGUGUCAUUCAAGGAUGUGACUGUGGAGUUUACGCAGGAGGAGUGGCGACAGAUGGACUCUGCUCAGAGGACCCUGUACAGAGAUGUGAUGCUGGAGAACUAUAGCCACCUCGUCUCAGUGGGGUACUGCUUUGCAAAACCAGAACUGAUCUUCACAUUGGAACAAGGAGAGGAUCCAUGGUUAUUAAAGAAAGAAUUUCUAAGAAAAAGCUCCCCAGAAGACUCCCAACCUAAUCAACAUUCAGAGAAGAGCCUAGAAAACCAAGGCAAAUAUUUGUGGCAAGUUUUGUUCACCAACAAAUCAUUGACUACAGCAGAACCAUGUAAUCUGGACAUAAACAUUUUACCUGCAAGAACAAUGCCCUAUAAAUUUGAUACUACAGGGCCUACCUACCUGCAUCUCAGCUCAUUGGCCCCACACUGUCAAUAUUCAAGAAAGAAGGCUGAUAAGCUUACUGAGAAAUGGCUUCUUAGUAUUAAGGAGGGCAGAACUAAUACUAGCGAGAAAUCACUUGUCUAUAGUAAAAAUGUGAAAUCCUUCAGUCAUAAAGAGAAAGUCAUUCAGCAUCAGGCAAUUCAGACUUUGCAGCAAGCUUCUGAGUACAACGAAUGUGGAAAAGCUUUCCUUGAACAGACUGCUCUCAUUGCAUCUGAAAGUAUCCACCCAAAAGUGAAAUCUUAUAAAUUCAGUAAAUUUGGGGUAAAACAAUGUGAUAAAACAACUUUUAUAGUCUCUCAUAGCAAUAAUCCAGAAGAGAAGAGUCAUUGUGAAUUUAAUGAAUAUGAAUGUGCCAAAAACAGAAAUAAUUUCAGUAGGAUCAUGCAAAGAACUGACACAGAAGGGAAACCUUUCAGCCAAAAAUCACACAGAGAACAUCAGAAAAUUCAUAUAGGAGUGAAACCCUUUGAAUAUGGAAAGAAUUUCAUCCAUAAUCCAGCCCCUCCAGUGCAUCAGAGAACUCACACAACAGACAAAUCCUCUGAUUAUGACACAUGUACAUUAGGUUGCCAGUCAGCUUUCAACAUACAUCAGAGAACUCACAUAACACUGAAACCCUAUGAAUGUAAUGAAUGUGGAAAACCCUGUACUAUGAAUUCAUUCCUGAUUCAGCCUCUGGAAAGUCACACAGGGGAUAAAACCUACGAAUGUCAUGCAUGUGGGAAAGCUUUCAGUGAGAAAUCACGCCUAAGAAAACAUCAAAGAACUCACACAGGAGAGAAACCUUAUAAAUGUGAUGGUUGUGAGAAGUCUUUCAGUGCAAAGUCAGGUCUAAGAAUACAUCAGAGAACUCACACAGGGGAGAAACCCUAUGAGUGUAAUGAAUGUGGGAAGUCUUUCAACUAUAAGUCAAUCCUCAUAGUACAUCAGAGAACUCACACGGGGGAGAAACCCUUUGAAUGUAAUGAAUGUGGGAAAGCUUUCAGCCACAUGUCAGGCCUAAGAAAUCAUCGGAGAACGCACACAGGGGAAAGACCAUAUAAAUGUGAUGAAUGUGGGAAAGCUUUCAAACUGAAGUCAGGUCUAAGAAAACAUCAUAGAACUCACACAGGGGAGAAGCCCUAUAAAUGCAGUCAAUGUGGGAAAGCUUUUGGUCAGAAAUCACAACUCAGAGGACAUCAUAGAAUUCACACAGGGGAGAAACCCUAUAAAUGUAAUCAUUGUGGGGAAGCUUUCAGCCAGAAAUCAAACCUCAGAGUGCAUCACAGAACUCACACUGGGGAGAAACCCUAUAAAUGUGAUGAGUGUGGAAAAACUUUCAGGCAAAAAUCAAAUCUCAGAGGACAUCAGAGAACUCACACAGGGGAGAAACCCUAUGAAUGUAAUGAAUGUGGAAAAGCUUUCAGUGAAAAGUCAGUCCUAAGAAAACAUCAGAGAACUCACACUGGAGAGAAACCCUAUAAUUGUAAUCACUGUGGAGAAGCUUUCAGCCAGAAAUCAAACCUCAGAGUACAUCAGAGAACUCACACAGGGGAGAAGCCCUAUAAAUGUGAUAAGUGUGGGAAAACUUUCAGCCAGAAAUCCAGCCUUAGAGAACAUCAGAAAGCCCACACAGGGAGUUGAACAUCUGAACGUAAAGAAUAUGGAAAAACUUUGAAAUGUGUUACAGGGGGAGAAUCUAUCAAUUUGAGAAAGGGUUUGGUAGGACCUGGGCUCCAGCUAUUAAUACAGGCCGUUCAUCUUAUUACACCCUCUUUACGGCCCCGUCCCCACCGCAGCUCCGACACACUCGAAAUCCGCGAGGAGUCGCGGAGUUUCUCUGGGAAAUGUAGUCCCCUAUACCACCACUCCCCGAGCUGCAUUCUAGGAACGGAUAUCCUGGACUUUCCCAUGCGCAUGUGCAACCAACCCCACUUCCCUGCUUCCGCCCUCUCAGGUCUUGAGGGUGCGGCCGUUUUGCCCUCAGCUUACCCAUCACAGUUCUCUGUACUCUCCCAACAACAGCAGAAAAUGAACACAUCUCAGAUUGAGCAGAAAAGUGUCCUGUUGCAGACAUCUGUGUCAUUCAAGGAUGUGACUGUGGAAUUCACCCAAGAGGAAUGGCAGCAAAUGGGUCCUAUUCAGAGGACUCUGUAUAGAGAUGUGAUGCUGGAAAACUACAACAACCUCGUCUCAGUGGGGAACUGCAUUUUCAAACCAGCAGUAAUCUUCAAGUUGGAGCAAGGAGAGGAGCCUUGGUUCUUAGAGGAAGAAUUCUCAAACCAGAGCCACCGAGAAGAUUACAGAGAUGAUGACCUGAUGAAAGACAAGAAAAUCCAAGAUAAACACUUGCAGGAAAUAAUAUUCAUCGAUAAUAAAUCAUUGACUUAUAAAAAGAGGGAAGUUUAGGAAAAACAGUUUAAUCUGUGCAUAGCUCCUGUUUCAACAAAGAUAUCCUGUAAAUAUGACUCAUGGAGUAAUGUGCAGAAUAUUUCCCAAUUUAUCAUCAAGAAUAGAACCUAUCCAACAAAAAAAACCAAUUGCUCUAGUGUAUGUGAUCAUUUGUCUUUCAAAAUUAAGUUUGAGAGAACUCAUACUGGAGAGGAGUUUCAUGAAUAUAAUAAAAAUGGAAAAGCUCUCAGUUAUAAGGAAAAUCUUCCUGAGAAUCAAAAGUGUCAAACUUUGGAACAAGCUUUUAAAUAUGAUGGAACUGGAAAGGCCAUCUAUGAUGAGGCUGCUUGUGUUACAUGUAAGAGUAUUCACACAAGAGAAAAAUCCUAUAAAGAUGAUGAAUUUAGGGGGAAAAGUGAAAAAACAACUGUCUUUGACUAUAAAAGAACUGGGAUUGGGGAGAAAUACUCUCCUCUUAACCAGUGUGGGAAAUCCUUCUGUGGGAAAUCAGCUGUCAAGGAAUACAGUAAGUUUAACAUGCCUGUGAAACACAAUGAAUGUAAUGCAAAUGGAAAUAAUUUCAACAGGAAGUCACACGUCACUCAACUUCAGAGAAUUGUCACGGAAGAGAACCCAUUGGUAUGUAAUGACAGAACACAAACUGGGGAUACAUCCUUUGACUAUCAUGAAAAUAGGAAAUCCUACCAGGUGUCAGCCCACCAAGUACGCCGGAGAACUCACUCUGAGACAAAACCCUAUAAAUGUAAUGAAUGUGGUAAAUCCUUCUUUCAAAAAGGACAUCUCAUUCAGCAUCAAAGAACUCACACAGGAGAGAAACCAUUUGAAUGUAAUGAAUGUGGAAAAACUUUCUCCCAGAAGUCACACCUUAGUACACAUCGGAGAAUUCACACAGCAGAGAAACCCUAUAAGUGUAAUGAAUGUGGGAAAACAUUUGUCCAGAAAUCAACGCUUAGGGGACAUCAGAGAAUUCAUACAGGAGAGAAACCCUAUAAAUGUAGUGAAUGUGGGAAAACUUUUGUUCAAAAGUCAACCCUCAGAGAUCAUCAUAGAAUUCACACAGGGGAGAAAUCCUUUCAGUGUAAUGAAUGUGGGAAGACUUUUGGUCAGAAGUCAAACCUCAGGAUACAUCAGAGAACUCACGGUGGUGAGAAAACAUAUCAAUGUAAUGAAUGUGAAAAAUCCUUCUGGCGAAAAGACCAUCUCAUUCAACAUCAGAAAACACACACAGGAGAGAAACCAUUUAAAUGUAAUGAGUGUGGGAAAACUUUUGCCCGGACAUCAACCCUUAGAGUUCAUCAGAGGAUUCAUACUGGGGAGAAACCAUUUAAGUGUAAUGAAUGUGGGAAAAAAUUUGUCCGGAAGGCAAUACUUAGUGAUCAUCAGAGAGUUCAUACAGGGGAGAAACCUUUUCAGUGUAACAAAUGUGGGAAAAGUUUUGGCCAGAAAUCAAACCUCAGAAUACAUCAGAGAAUUCACAGUGGGGAAAAAUCUUACGAAUGUCAUGAACUUGGAAAAUUGUAUAAGACGUCAACUCUAAAUGUUUGCCAGAGAAUUCAGGGAGAGGGAGAACCCUAUUGAUAAUAAUAACUAUGGAAAAUCCUUCUGUCUGGAAGACCAAACCAUUUGACUCCAGAAAACCCACACAUAUAAAUAUGAAUGUAGGAAGAAUUUUAUCCUAAAAGCAACCCUGAAAGUCUAUCAGAGAAUAGACAUAGGCUGAUAUUUCAAAGCCCUUUUGAAAGAAGCCAUGCCCUUUAGAUAACUCAGAAAAUUUCCUAGUCUCCCUUUCCUCCAUGUAGGUCUUUGGGCUAUGGAUGCUCAUGUUUUACCCCACAAUCAUUUGUGACAGAAGACCUCACUGACUCUACUAAGAUGCUGUCAGAAUAGCCUUGAAGUUGUAAAGUAUCAUGCUUUAACAUGGCACAGCUUUUACACAGUAACACCCAGGGUGCCUGAAAUACGUGGAACAAAAUUCUCAUUCACAUCUUUACCUUUUGAACAUUUUGUGAUCGAGCAGUAAGCUUGAUUCUAUUGAGCUCUUACAUGUUUAAGUCCGUUUCCUUUUGAACAUAAUUUAGCCAUCCCUCUGCUGGGGAGGUAGAAAGUUAUUAUUUAAGCCAAGCUUACAUCAGUCAGUGGGUACAACACUUACUAAAGGGUUGGUGUUGUGAGGAAUUCCUAAAAGAUCAUCAGAGAAUUCAGUUUUUUAAAAAUCUCCUUUCAAUGUAAAUAGAUGAUACCACCUGUUACAGGGCUUUCGAUGAACUUAAAUUAUUGGAAGAUUUUUGGCGAAAAUGUGAGCACACCUCAUGCAAGUAAAGUAAAUGUUUCUUUAAUGUCAUGAAGCCACUCAUACCUCCAUAUACCCCAACAUCAGCUGUUUUAAGGGAAAGCUUCCUGUCUCCAAUGGGGACCCAUGGCCAUUGGCACCCACCCAAGUAUUUGGGGGAACUUUGAGAGAGGAAAGGGCUCAAACUUACGGCUUUAUGGGAUACAGCUGCCCAAAUCAAAAAUCUUACCACUUCACAUGGAGGUAGGAAGUAUCUAGAUUUUAAAAAAUGUUAUUAGGGCAGGGGUUACAGUAGGCAAGGGAAAUGAAUGUGAGCCUGUGAACUGGCCUUUUGACAAGUGCAGUAUACUGUGGUUCCUUCUAAAUCUGAAAGUGUAGGAAUGUGUUAUAUGUUAUACUUCCUACUUCCCAUAAUUCAGAAGGGAUUCUUCCAGUCAGAAAGAAUUGUGUGUAAAGAAGAUAACUUUGAGGUCCCACAGCCUUUAAUGACCACUUUGUGCUUCAGUCUCUGUAACUAGUCAUUCUGUUGAUUGGAAUUUCUGGCAAAAGGAGAUGCCCUUGUGGUCAGGGAGAAGGGUGGUUUGACUUGAUACCCUAACAAGGCUACCAAGUAUACACCUUUUGUAAAGCAGCUAUUAGGUUACUCUUGGGCUCAACUACCUAACAAGAUAAAAAGGACACAAACCUCAGGUGUAAAAUGUACACAGUAUACUUAAGAAUACAGCUGCCCUGGUCCCAGCAGUAUCUCAGCUGUAUAUCACAUUGCAGCAGCUGCCCCUUACAAGAAAAUGUAUCCCCCCACUCUUGCCUGAAGCAAAGCUGCUGGCUUAGUAGGGCCCUCAAUUCAUAGAAGUUACUUUAAUUGGGCCUGGUUCACUGACAGGCUAGUGGGAAUCACUGAACACUGACUCUUCAACUUUGAAGACCCCAGAAUUGAUUAUGCAGACCCCAAAAAUUAUGUGGCUGCUCCUUUCAAUUGGCAGGACACAAGGAUGUUCUCAACACUGGCAAAUAGUCCAUUUGAAACUUGUGGCAUUUUUAUUGAUUCUGGUUCUUACUGUGCCUAACUGUUUGAUACACUGGUAGUAAAACUACAGGUUGACAAAAGCACUCCUCUUUGGUGCUGUGAACUGUGAGGGGUAGGGGGAGUCAGCUGCUAAUAAGCACAUCUGAGUUGUUAAACUAGAUGCCCUUGUUAAGUGACUAUUCUAUGAUAAUGAUGACUGGAAUCAAGCUGUUGAGCAAGCCUCCACUAUCGUGAUUGUCAACAUUGCUACCUGGAUCCAUCAUUAUACUGACAGAGCAAAGUAACCACCAUCUUAACUGCAUACAAAGUAAAAGUAUAUAUCCAGUGCUUCCUUUGAUGUCAUUUGACCUAGAAUCUACAUCUUUUGCCUUCUGUAUUAAUAUCCAAUUCCACAUGCCAUUUGAUAAUUCACCCUUUCCUACUGAUUUUAAAUAUGUUCAUAUGCUAAAUCGUUUUUUGUAAAGCUAUCACACAAGACUGUUCAUGACCCAUUCCCUAGAUUCUGUUAGCAGCAUAUCCUCUUUUGGGGAACAGAGCUAACAUAGAACUCAUAUGAGCCAAAAUAUUCUGAUAGUGAAUUUUUCACUGAAGAGUGUUUCAAUCAGGAAAAGGAGAAUACCUCCUAGGACUUUGGAAAUGGAACAUCACACACUAGAGCUGCCAAUGCCCUUGCCAAGAUGCAUCUGCAAAAAAGAAGAUAAUAACUAGUUAGUGCUAUUCCCUGAAAAUAAUCAAGAGGUUCUGUUUGCUCUGUUUUUAUAACAAGUGCUAAUACAAAGAAAGUCUUUCAUUCUUUCUUAAAACUUUUUCUCAGUUUCUUAAUAUAUUUAGAAUCCUCUCCCUCAUAACCCUUUUUGUAUGUAAUCUUUAGAAUUAUGAUUGGAUUUGCUAUUAAGUUCAAGAUCAUCUACCCACUAGAAUGAAAUGAAUUCACCUAGGUAGUCAGUCAUUCAUUGAAAUUCCAGGAGACAAAAUCCCAUGAUUGUGUAUUUAGGCUUAAUCUGUCGCCCGUAGAACACCUCUCUGUGUAAUAGUACAUUAUCAGCUAGAUCUGUACUAUAGCCAUGAAUGCUCCCUUCUCCCUGCUUGGCUGAUCUCCUUUCCAGGUAAUGGCUUUUAUCCCAACAGAUGGAGGCCACAUCUAGAGACACUGGAAGAGUCCAUUUUCUGUCUGCCUGCCUAAUGAGGGCCUAUAUGCUAAUUUUUCAAAGCUUCCAUUGAGGGCAGGAAUUUUUAUGUUUUGUUCAUAAUAAACCCCAACCACCUGAAACAGACCCUCUACAUUUUAGGCACUCAGAAAUAUUUGCUGGAGGUGGAAUAGUCAUAGUGAAAUAUGAACAUAUUUUCUUUUGAUACUUCAAAUGAUCUUUUAUGAUUAUUCAUAUUUAUGAAAAUAGUUAAGGAAAAUUGUUGCUGUGAGCUCCACUCGACUCAUGUUUUGGAUAUUUUCAGAAGUUGCUAAAAGAAACUUGUUCUUAAUAUUCAGAAGUAUACAGUACUGUUCUUCGAAUAUUUUGUCACCCAAAAUAAAAUUUAUUUUCAAUAAACUAGAAUUCCUAAUCCAAAAUUAGGCCUACAUAUCAGUUCUUAUUAACACUGUAGAGUGUGGGCAUUUUUCUUUUUCCUUUCUCUCUCUCUCUCCUUCUCUUUCUCUCUUAAUUUUGCCUUCACACAAAUACUUUAUAACCACUAAUCCAAGCAAUUUCUUUCUUAAAGAAAGUUUCCACAUAACAAUAGUAAUUAUAAAUCAGAUUUUCAAGACCAAUGAAAUGAGAAAGCAGAAGAAUGGGUUCUUGGGAUCAUCCUUUUGCUCGAUUGUACCAGUAGUUCCACUCAUUUUUAUUUCCAAAUCAUCCUCUUGGCAUCUCUAAAGAGAAUAUUUUAUUUCCUCAGGUUCAAGAAUCCACAGGGAGAGAUGUCUGAUGCCAAAACAAGAGGCAUAACACUUGUUUUGAGCUGCCUCCAUAUUUGUCUUUCCUUUUCAGGUGCAUGAUACUUCUAUAUAUUUCUUUGUAUUUUCCUCACAUUAAAGGUGUCCCUGGAAGCCUAGCAGAAAUGAUAUACCAUGCCCUUUUACCCAGGCAGCUUCACACUGAAAUGAGGGAGAACCAAACUUAUUUCCUUAGUGGAGACAAUACAGUCUCCAAGUACAAUUAGCUAUUUAACAAUCUUUCAGUAUUCUAGAGAACUGACUGCCAGGGGCACCUGGCAGGCUCAGUUGGUAGAGCAUGCAACUCUUGAUCUCAGGGUCAUGAGGUCAAGCCCCACACUGGGCAGCGAGCCUAAUAAAAAAAAAAAAAAAAAAAAAAAAAAAAAAAAAGCCAAAUCCCAGAACAGUAUAAUUAGCUUAACUAUCAGAUUAUUGACACUUGAUAUGUAAUUAAUAAGCUAAGAAACUACUUGGCCUGACUUAUGGUAAUUAAAUUUCUGUAUAUAUGUCCCCCAAGUUUAAAAAAAUACUCAAAUAAAACUUGAGUACAAAUGUCCUAACAGCAAUAUUCACAAUAGCCAAAAGAUGGAAACAACUUAGAUGUCCAUAAGAGAAGAAUGGAUAAAUAAAAUGAUAUAUUUGUAAAAUACAAUAUAAUUUAGCCAUAAAAAGGAACAAGGUACUGAUACAUAACUACAAUAGCCAUAAACCUUGAAACAUGCUAAACUGAAAAAGCCAACCACUAAGGAUACACUUCAAAGAAUAUUUCCAAGGUAGAACAUGACAUUACAGGAUAAAAGGUUCUAACCACUAAGAAUACUGUGUGCAGAGAGAAGAGUUAAGAUGGUGAAGAGGACCCUAAGUCUGGUCCCUGGAAUUCAGCUAGAUAGUUAUCAAAUCAUUCUGAAAACCUGUCAAAUCAAUGGGAUAUCUGAGAAAAGAAAUGAUGCAAUUCUACACGUGGAAAAGCAAACACUUUUUGGAAUGUAGGAGGUGUGGAGAGUUGAAACCAAGGCAACAUCCAAUAGGAGGAUACAGCAGUGCAAGGGAGCUAGAAUAAGGAGGCUACCACAAGUAUAAGCAGCAGAGCAAAAAAUCAAAAUGUUUAGAAGUCUACUACAGUGGGGGACAUCCCUGGCUUAAGGUGCUCAGUUGACAGAGCAGGAUGGAACCCCAGGUGAGACAGCAUGGUCUUGGGAUCCCCAGGUUCACAAGAACAGAGUGUGGCAGACUUCCCAGGCAACAGAGCAGGGAAGCUGGCUGAAAACAAGUCUAGGCACAAGCUUUCUACUUGGUGUUGCCAAAAACUGCAAACUACUUCAUGGUCACAGGACUGCUCUCUGCGCAGGGGUCCAGCA